AUGGCAACGUCUCUGGAAACACUUGUCCACUCCCUUGACUUAAGGACCCUCCCCAGGAUCCUGGAAAUCCAAUCAGGCUUCUAUGUGGAAGGUUCUGCUUAUGAAACGCUGGUGAAUGAAUGCUCUUUGUCAACUGGAGAAGUGAUAAAAAUUACUGGUCUUAGAAUUAAGAAAAUCAUAGCUGAAAUUUGUGAGCAUAUUGAAGGUCGUAAAUAUUCACAAUUUGUGGAACUGCCUAUGAAUUUUCCAGGUCUUUUCAAAGUUGUGGCUGAUAAAACUCCUUACCGUAAUAUGGAAGAAAUUAUAAGGACCACCCAUAUUGGACUAGGAUGUCCUUGUUUCUAUCUUCAGAAGGAUAUAAAACUGAAAAGUCUCAUUGUAAAGCAGGGUGAGAAAAUCAAGCUCUACUCAGCUGAAGAGAUCAAUGGAGAAACAGUGGUGAAAUGUGGACUGACAAGGAAUCGUCGAUCUUACAGAUUUACUCUACCUUUAUCACAAGAAGGAGAAUUCUAUGAAUGUGAAGAUGAAUAUACUUACACUCUACAGGAGAUUGUUGAAUGGAAGAUCCCCAAGAAUAGAACACGAACUGUGAAACUUACUGAUGUUUCAGAUAAGUGGGACUUAAUCAAACCAUUCCCUAAAGGCUUUAAUGGUGCUCUGAUACUCAAGCCUGUUUAUGAAAUUCAAUGUUUGAUGAACUCCCCAAAGGAUAUAUUUUACAUUCUAUCCAACUUAGAUAUUGAAGUCAAAGACAUUACUGACUCUUAUGAUGGUAGUGCGUUUUCUCAGUUCUUAUCUACACAAGAUAUUUUUGAAUUGAACAGUAAAGCCUUUCCGUUAGAGGUUGAAAUUAUAGAAGUCCCAGAAGGAAGCCAGAUACCUAGCAGUAUUCUACAGCCUGGUAAAAACAUCGUGGUCCACGAUAAGUAUCAAGCAUCAAGGAUCCUAGCUUCAGAAAUUAAAAGCACUUUUCCUAAGAGACACUUCUUGAUCCCCACUAGCUACAAAGGUAAAUUCAAGCGUCGACCUCGGGAGUUCCCCACCGCCCAUGACCUUGAGAUAGCGAGGAACGCAUGGGAGUCUCUCCAUGUGGUGGCCACCAAAGCCUUUCAUGCCCCUCAUGAUGAACUGUCAUCUGUGUCUGUGGGUGACCGUUUUCUCGUGCAUCACUUACAGACUAUUGAAGUUCGCUAUGAGGGAAUGAAGAAAGCACUGGAUGUUCUCGCUUGUGAAAAGCUCCUCAAAAAUUCCUGCGAGGUCGCACUGCUCCCUUUGUACUUGGAUGGAGGUUUUGUAGAGGAGAUACAUGACACGAAACAGUACCAGAUUCCUACAAUCUCCUCUUCCUUCCGAUUUCCCUUCAAUGUGAAGGUAUCUGUGAGAGAUCUUUCUAUUCAAGAAGACAUUUUGGCUUCAGUACCAGAACUACAGUUGGAGGAUGCUAUCACAGACUCUUACUUACUCAUAAGCGACGUCGCUAACCCCAAGGAAUGCUGGGAAAUUCCUGUCAACCGCUUGCAUAUGUCUGUGCAGAUCAUUCGGUAUUUCUCUAAGGAUUCAGAAUCAUUUCUACUUAGGUCUCCAGUGGAAGAGCUCACUGAAGAAGAGUAUUACAUGAUAAGGAGAUAUAAGAACUCUUUCUUACAACCCCCACCUGUCCCUCCCAAACAUCCCUCAGUGGAACAGAGAGAGUUAACCCCAAUGACCAUAGCAGAAGAAAGAAGAAUGGGUCAACUCCAAGCUCCCAAGGUAGGACUGCAGAGACUUUUCUGA